ACACUAGGACUAAAAUAUAGACUAAAAUGAUUUAGUCUUUAGUCCUUCACAUAGGUGCUAAAAGAGACUAAAAGCCCAUAAUUAUUAUGUUGCCCUUACCUUUUUGUAUGGAUAACUAAUAUUAUGAGUAUAUUCUAAGGGCAUUUGAGUCUUUGGACAGUGUAUUUAAUGAUUUUAGAAUCUGUUUAGUCCUAGAACCAAACAUGUAGGGACUAAAGUUCAGUCCUAGGACUAAUUGAAAUUGAAACCAAACAUGGCCUCAACCGAAUCUUAUAUAGUGCUUGUGCUUUGGUUGAGUUGUUUGUCUUUUUCACUGGGCUCUGAUCCUCUGGAUAAUGUGCAGAUGGAGAGAGUUUGUGAGAACACAGUGGCUGUUGACUUCAAGCAGACUAAGCUGAACAACUUUGUGCCAUUCAUCCGGUCAGGGGAAUGGUCUGAUAUUGGAGGUCGCGAUUACAUGGAAGAUGCCCAUGUGUGCAUCUCUGAUCUGGCAAAGAAUUUUGGCUAUGACUCAGUCGAAGAUGAAGUAAUUUCUUUCUAUGGGGUGUUUGAUGGCCAUAAUGGCAAAGAUGCUGCUCAUUAUGUCCGUGAUAACUUGCCACGGGUCAUCGUGGAAGACGCUGAUUUUCCUCUUGAGCUUGAAAAGGUGGUAAAGAGGUCAUUUGUGCAAACUGAUAGUAAGUUUGCAGAGAAAUUUUCUCAUCACAGGGGACUUUCUUCUGGAACGACAGCACUUACAGCAAUGAUUUUUGGAAGGUCCCUUCUGGUUGCGAAUGCCGGUGACUGCAGAGCGGUGCUCUCGCGGCGUGGCACUGCCAUUGAGAUGUCCAAGGACCACAGGCCUUGCUGCAUGAACGAAAGGAAGCGCGUAGAGUCACUUGGCGGCUACGUUGACGACGGUUACCUGAACGGUCAGCUGGCAGUGACCAGAGCGCUCGGUGAUUGGCAUCUGGAUGGCAUGAAAGAGGUGGGCGAGCCAGGAGGGCCCCUGAGCGCCGAACCAGAGCUGAAGAUGGUCACGCUGACCAAGGACGACGAGUUCCUGAUAAUCGGCAGCGACGGCAUCUGGGACUUCUUCUCGAGCCAGAACGCCGUGGACUUCGCGCGGCGGAGGCUCCAGGACCACAACGACCUGAGGCUGUGCUGCAGGGAGAUGGUCGACGAGGCGGUGCGGCGGGGCGCCAGCGACAACCUGACGGCUGUGAUGGUCUCGUUCCACCCGGACGCCCCUCCCCCGAGCCGAGCCAACAAGAGGACCGGCAGGGUCACCAGGAGCAUUUCGGCUGAGGGGCUUCACAGCCUCAGAGUGCUCCUGGAAGGCCAGUGACGUCGCCGGGCGGCGCGGCGCCAUUGCUGCCCGUUCGUCCCUGAUGCUGUGCUACGUUGCUGAUGAGUGUUAACUGUAAGUAGCGGUUUCCGGUAUCUUGGUGCUUGCUCUUCUUCUUCCGCUGAGGGCGGGCGACUAUUCUUGUCCUUCCUCCGACAAUAAACCAACGGGCCUGAGAUCUCACUGUGAGACGCUGUAAAUAAGGAAAUAUGGAAGUUGGAGCUCGUCAUUAAGGACGAGUUAGGGCAUGUACAAUGUAGAUACCACGACACGGUCCUCCAAGUAUAAAACACACCUAAGACACAGUUCAGUACAAAGGGACGUAUCUAAAGUCUUACAUCUUAAUUAAUGUUUCAAAUUCAUCGUAUUAAA